AUGCCAGUUCAAAAGAAAGUUAUACCAGAGAAAGAAAGAUUUAUACAAGCAUGUGGUGAUAUAUCAUUAGAAUUAGUAUCUUCAUUAAAAUCAUCGAAAGAAGUUAAUUUGAACGGGUUGAUAGUUCGUUAUGCUAAAAAAUAUAAAUUAAGACAACAACCAAGAUUAACAGAUAUUAUAUCUUCAAUACCCGAUCAAUAUAAGAAAUAUUUAAUACCAAAGCUAAAAGCUAAACCUGUUAGAACUGCUAGUGGUAUUGCUGUAGUUGCUGUUAUGUGUAAACCUCAUAGAUGUCCUCAUAUUGCUUAUACUGGUAAUAUAUGUGUAUAUUGCCCUGGUGGUCCCGAUAGUGAUUUUGAAUAUAGUACACAAUCUUAUACUGGUUAUGAACCAACUUCAAUGAGAGCUAUUAGAGCUAGAUAUGAUCCUUAUGAACAAGCAAGAGGUAGAGUUGAUCAAUUAAGAAGUCUUGGUCAUUCUAUUGAUAAAGUUGAAUAUAUUAUAAUGGGUGGUACAUUUAUGUCAUUACCAAUUGAUUAUAGAGAAAAUUUUAUAUGUCAAUUACAUAAUGCUUUAACUGGAUUUAAUGGUACCAAUUUGAAUGAAUCUAUAAAAUUUUCUCAACAAUCUCACACUAAAUGUGUUGGUAUUACAAUUGAAACAAGACCUGAUUAUUGUACAGAAACUCAUUUAAGUGAUAUGUUAAAAUAUGGUUGUACAAGAUUAGAAAUUGGUGUUCAAUCUGUUUACGAAGAUGUUGCAAGAGAUACAAAUAGAGGUCAUACUGUUAAAUCUGUAUGUGAAACAUUUGCAGUUGCAAAAGAUGCUGGUUAUAAAGUUGUUAGUCAUAUGAUGCCAGAUUUACCAAAUGUCGGAAUGGAAAGAGAUUUAGAACAAUUCAAAGAAUAUUUUGAAAAUCCUGAAUUUAGAACUGAUGGUUUAAAAUUAUAUCCAACUUUAGUUAUAAGAGGUACUGGAUUAUAUGAAUUAUGGAAAAAAGGUUUAUAUAAAUCUUAUAAUGCAAAUGCUUUAAUUGAUUUAAUUGCAAGAAUAUUAGCAUUGAUUCCACCAUGGACAAGAAUUUAUCGAGUUCAAAGAGAUAUUCCAAUGCCAUUAGUUACAUCGGGAGUUGAAAAUGGGAAUCUAAGAGAAUUGGCAUUAGCAAGGAUGAAAGAUUUUGGUACACAAUGUAGAGAUGUUAGAACAAGAGAAGUUGGUAUUCAAGAAGUUCAUAAUAAAGUUAUACCUGAACAAGUGGAAUUAAUUAGAAGAGAUUAUUAUGCAAAUGGUGGUUGGGAAACUUUUUUAAGUUAUGAAGAUCCAAAACAAGAUAUUUUAAUUGGUUUACUAAGAUUAAGAAAAGCUUCAAAAAAAUAUACGUAUCGACAAGAAUUUAAACAACAACAAACUUCAAUAGUUAGAGAAUUACAUGUUUAUGGUUCAGUGGUUCCAUUACAUUCAAGAGAUCCAAGAAAAUUUCAACAUCAAGGUUUUGGUACUUUAUUAAUGGAAGAAGCUGCAAGAAUUGCAAAAGAAGAACAUGGUUCAAAGAAAAUAUCGGUUAUAUCAGGGGUUGGAGUUAGAAAUUAUUAUGCAAAAUUAGGUUAUGAAUUGGAUGGUCCAUAUAUGUCAAAAAUGUUAUAA